AUGCAUUCGUCAACUUCACCUCCGCCGUCGCAGCUGCCCGAUUCGAGCAGUCGUUCAGCAACUACAAGUGGAAUUCAUCGGCCUCCAACUCCAAGAUCUGUAAAAUCACUCCCGCUGAGAUUCAGGCAGGUUUUUUUUUCCCCUUUCUUCUUUCUUCUUCUUUGA